AUGGAUCGAUACAAUGAUAUCAAGAUUCUUCUGAAAACCUGGGAGCAGUCAUUUGUUCAAGAACAUCAAAGAAAGCCCAACAAGGUAGCUAGCUAUGUAGCUAGUUAUCUAUUUAAUUACUGUAUCAUGCAUUACUCGGAGACUACAGUAUAGUCUUUCCCACUCUGAAUUGUUCUAUUUUUCAGGGUGAUAUUGACGGAGCCCCAGAAGAGACUAAAAGUAAGUGCAUGUCAAUAAUCAACUGACUCCCUGCAUGAACAGAACUGAAACACAGGAUAAAUAUAUUGCUGUCCUCAGGCUUGUAUUCAUUAGUGAACACCGUAGCAAAAUGUUUAGCAACAGAUAAACAAAAACAAGUGUUUCUUAUUUGACAAAUUCAGCUAGGUCCCUCCAUUUUGGUCCGUUUGCUUCUACUGAAUAGGACCCAGGUAUCCUUCUAUAAUUAAUGUCAGUUACUAAAAUAUGUUGCUUUGUGUUUCUGCAUGUGUUUCACAGAGCUCUACAAAGAAUAUCGAAAAUUCAAGCAAGCAAAAGAAAACAGCAGCAAUGGGCACACAGACCCAACACCUACCGCACAGACUCCGUCAUCUGAGAAGGUAGGUUACAUUCGGUUCAGUAUAAUUAUAUUAUUAUAAAUCUCCUAAACCCCAGUUAUAACUAGUUAACUGUACUUAAAGGGGCAAUUUGAUAUUUGUACAUACAUUUUGGGACUUUUCAAAUAAUGAUGUAUACCCAUUGACAGCUUUGUUGCAGAUUGCUCCUUUUAAUAUGUUUUCUCUUUGAAGGAAUCAGAUUGCUGGGGUACUCAGCUGAACCGUAAGAGCAUGCCGGUGGCUGCCCCCAAACUGACUCUGACAGCCAAGGACAGGGAGUCCCUCCAAGCCUCGGCCCAGUACUUUGGCAUGAAGCUCAAGUCAAACCUGGACCUGGGAGCUCUAACAAAGGUACGGUGUGUGUGUUUGUGUGUGUGUGUGUGUGUGUGUGUGUGUGUGUGUAGUUUGGCUGUGUCCAGUUCCUCACUUUGUGUUUUGCAAACUCUGCAUAAAUGUGAUUUGCAUAGAUGAAGACUGUUAGUGUAAAUUACAAACUGCAAUUGCAAGUAAUCAUGAAUCAGAUGUGGAGAAUUUGUAGCUCUGCCAUUUUAAAUAUAUACAUUUUUCCUGCACUAUAAACUGUUUCUAGGAGAGACCGGUUUCUCUGAAGAAGUCGUUCACUCCUCGUCGAACACCUCUGAAGUCGUUUAAAGAUGGCCAGAGCCCAGACAGCCAUACACUGUUAUCCCCUCUACCAAAGCCAGCCAACACACGUCAAGACCCCCUGGCCUCUCCAAUGCAGAGAGGGACAGAACACCCACAGCAGCCGCCGGAGGAGCCGUUUGAGCCCCUCACAGCCUUCACACCAUCCAAGCUGUGGUCUCCUGCAGCGGGGGCAUCCUCAUCAGACAGACAGGCAGGCAGCAGGGCCCAGCAGCUCAGACAGACCUUCACCAAGAGGCUGACCUCUGUAGACAGCAGCUGGCUGGAGAGAUGUCAGGUGUUUGACGAGGUGGUUGACGCGGAGAAGCCGGUUGUGGGUAAUUUGCCUCUCGCCAUGGAGGCGGCAGUGAGUUCGCCGUACGCCAAAGGGGGAGGCACUGGCAAGGGAGAGAACGCAGGACGUGCCGCCAGUUCCUUUGUUACACCUUCCAGGCAGAACGAAGGGACAACUCUCCUGGGGGAGAGGGCUUCCAAGAGUACCAUAACACAGGCUCGGCCUUCUCCUGACGAGCACCAGCCCCAUAUUUGUUGUGGCGUAACGUCUGCAGCAGACCCAGCCAGUCUGUGGCCCGCUGGACAACGCUCCUCAUUAGGGUCUGGCUCCGGAGGAGGAGAAGGAGAGGAUGGAGAAACCAGAUCAGGUCUCAAAGGACAGGCAGAGGGUGGAACGACAGAAGAGACCGCCAUCGGCGCCACCACUGCCAAGAAAUCUCGAGCGAGGGCCAGAAAGGGCCGGGGAGGAAGGGUUGUGGAGGAGGCAAGAGUGUCAACGCAGCCACCGCAGGCCGAAGGUGACGAGCUCGGACUGGAGAAGAAGGGUACAAAGAAAAAGGGCGGAAAAAGUAAAAGGGAUCCUGACACAGAUGGAGAGAACCCUGAAGGCACGGAGAAAGUGGAGGGGGCGGUGAAAAAGAGGAGGAGGACAAAAAAAGAGGAUAUAGCUGAUGGCGGGAGUCCCAAAAAAGCCCCCCGAGCGAGGAAGAAGGCGGCUAAGACAGAUGAUGGAGACGUCAGCGACAAGGAGGAUGGUGAUGUCACAGAGAAGGAAGUGGUGAAGCAGAAACCAAGGGUUCCACAGGAGAACCUCCUAGGAGAGGUGGAUGAGGAAGAUAUCAACGCUGCCAGGAACAGAGGGAGCAACACUAUGAGACCUAAGUGGGUUAUACUCUCUAUUUCCCUUAGACUACUAAUAUAUUUAAUCAAACAAUAUUAUUUAUAUUUACAAAUUGACCUAUGCACUCUCGAUAGCCCCUUUAAAUACAUAUUCCUCAUUGACUGUAAUUGUCAUAUAACAGGACCUUAUUUUUACUAAUGUAAUUGUUUUGUAUUAAUGUGAUUUUCUGUUGCUCCAUUCAUCUACACAGAGCCACCAAGAACUCGGACGGUAACUUUGUGAAGAUCAACCUGAAAAAGAAGUCUCACGUUAAAGGAUAUGCAUGUAGGGGCGCUGGCCUACGGAAGCAGGUAAGAAAACUCUAGUAGUAAUAGUAGCAUUACAAAAUACAUACAGUACAGUUAUUCUACAACAACAAUAUGUAGGGUGGCAGGUAUUGGCUAAAACAGGCUAGUUCAGAAUGAUUCUCUGUUUGAGUACAUACUGUAGAUGAACAGCAUACUGUCCCUGCCUAGGAAGACAUUACUUAUAUAUGAUAUCAACAUAUAGCAGCAUUUAUCCUGUUUUCUUUCUGUUUCAGUUGACCAUGGAGAAGUUCCAGCUAAAGGGGGAGAGGUUUGGAGGGCCAGACUCAAGGUUUAGAGGGGGCUUCAGCAGAAGAGGCAGAGGCGGGUUUAGAGGCGGCUUCGGAGGGUUCAAUCGUCCAGGCGACAGCUGCUUCAAGUGCGGAGGCACAGGACACUGGGCUAUGAACUGCAAGGGCAGAGGUGAGAGGUCACAGGACAGACAGUACAUCAGGGUUCUUCAAUUCUGGUCCUGGAGGGCCGAAACACUUCUGUUUUUUAUUUCUACCUGGUAGUUAAUUGCACUCACCUGGUGUCCCAGGUCUGAAUUAGCCCCUGAUUAGAAGGAGAGGAUGAAAAACAGAGGUGUUUCGGCCCUACAGGACCGGAAUUGAAGAACCCUGCAGUACAUGGUCGUCUGACGACUGAAGAAUGCUGUAACAAUUCACUAUGAGCUGUGGUAGCUAAAUUAGCUUGUUUAGAUGAUUGGUUCUUCAGAAACUAGUUUCAUUUACCACGUCAUGCUUAUCUUUACUAGGUUGAUACAUAAAAAAUACUGUGCUAAACCAUUUUCUUUGAUGCACCUGAGGUCUGUUGAGGAAGGUCAGGUGCAACAUUACAGAACAUUCAGAUAGAAAUGUAUUUUGUUCAACAGAUCUGAUUCUCUGUCCUAUACAAUAGUAAUUUCAGCUCUAUACAUGACAUUUCUGUCUGCAACAUUUUUUACGUUUCUGAAUAAAUCCCUGUACCCUGUGAAUGUUAUAUAUUGACUGUAAUAUAACCCCUAUUUAACCUGUUUCCAGUUGCAGCUGCAGUAGACAGUGCUGCUGCUGAUGAGGCGUCUGCGGUUGAGGAGGAGCCCUUUGAGCUGCCAACCUUGGAGGACGUUGCCCGGGCAACGGGCACUCUGUGUUCCGAGCGUCUGGGUAUGUCAUUGUCACCCUGUCUGGUGACGAGAUUUACUUCAGUGAAAAUGUUGAGGCAGAUUAUCCCUUCAAUCUCAAUCAAAAUAUUCCCAAUGUACAUAUCAAAUGGCACCCUAUUCGCUAUAUUGUGCACUCCUUUUGACCUUAGCCCUAUGGGUCAGAAGUAGGGCACUAUGAAUGGAAUAGGGUGCUAUUUGGGACACGCAUACUUUGAAGCAUCACAAUAAGUUAAAUAGACACUAACUUUGUAGAAAUGGGACUAAUUAGAAUCCUCCCCAUACACUCACUAACUUUGUUGAUCAAGUUGAUGUAGUUUGUUAAUGAUAAGGGAGGUUAUUCCAGUGUAUCUAUCAACAGUGAGUAUUUCACCCAAGUCUAACUCCCUUCAGUAGCCCAGAACAUCUGUUUCAGUAGUAGAAACACAACUCCAAACCACUGAUAGAUAAUCAACACACACACUCACACGCUUUGGAUUACAAUGGGCUAGACUUGUGCCUGAUGUUAAAAGCAGUCUGUUAUGGUGAAGCCCUCCGGCCCUGGCACAGUGUCUGACCCGUCUUUCCACUCACUGCAAUACAUCUCCACUCGCCACAUGUCUGAACGCAGGCCCCAGACAUCCCAACUGGAGGUAAAACCACAACUCCAAACCCAAGCAGCUAUUUAGUUUAGCUGGAUACAGUCUGUACUGUAAGGGACCGGAGCCCGCAAGAUGUGUCUAGCACGGACUUAAGGGGGGAAAAUGUCACUGGUAAGACCAAUCACGGAGGGUCCCCACGGAACGCUCAACACUCAUUUUCAUAGCACGGGCUGCAUCCCAAAUGGCACCUUAUUCCCUAUAUAGUGCAGUACUUUUGACCAGGGCCCAUUUGGGAAGCACAUAGAGCCCCACACACAGACGAUGUCGGAGUGAUUGUGCAAGCAGAAACAGAGGCCCCUCUAAGCCAAGAUGGAACAGACAGACCUGCGGUUUAAAACUAGAUGAGCAUAACAGCUCCUCCACUGUCUGGCAAGGCAAUGAUGUCAUGCUACUAAACUAACCUGCAUGCCAAAAGGUCAAAGAGCUCAUGCUUACCCCCCUGCAAUUCUCUCACUCCGGUUACUUCCUCCCAGUUCCUUGCCCAUAACAACAACUGAUUUAGGCUCAGUUUCUCCCAACUCCAAUUCAAAACUCAGUCAUAACAAACUCGACUCUAAAGCUGACCUCUAGACCAGUGGUGGAAUUAAGUAAUUACAGCUCUGUACAUGAGGUCCCUCUGUCGAUGGUUACGUCCCAAAUGACACCCUAGUCCCUUUAUAGUACAUCCUUUUCUCUUUAUAAUUGCAAAAUAAAGGGAAUGGGGUGCCAUUUGGGAUACACAUAUGUCUAUCUCUCUGUUACACAACCUAUGUCUAUCUCUCUGUUACACAGUGGCGCCCCCCAGUGUUAAAGAGGAGAAUGAGAGUCAGGGAGAGAAGCAGCAGAAGGAUGGUGAUGAGGUCUUGUUGAAUGUGAUCAGGCCAGACUACGAGCGCCCUCCCCCUCCUCCCCCCAUGCAGCCCCUCUACCCCCUAGGGGAGGACGGCAAAGUACAAGGUACCCUGUUUAAAAAAAAAUACAUUAUUCAAUUAAUUGUUUCUAGGCCUAGUAUCUAUAAAGCACAACUGCUGAUGUAAAAAGAGCUUUAUAAAAUACAUUUGAUUUGGUCGAUUGAUUCAGCUAGUCAAAUAAAUAGUACAGUAGGGUUUAUAUACCUAUUAUAUACCCAUUUUCUUACUUUGUUUCUGCAGCGGCACGUUCUGAAGUUUAUGAAGCACUCAAAGACUUUGGGUACAGGUCUUUCAGACCAGGGCAGGAACAGGCCAUCAUGAGAAUUCUAUCAGGUAUGCAUGAAGAGGGUAAAACACGGUGAACAGAAUUAUACAGCGCUUCAUUUACUACCUCAGUUGAUAUUGUGGAGAUAGAACAAGUAGUCGCUUCCUCACGUACAGAUUUGUGUUUGUUACAAGCACGAUGCUCACGUUGUGUGUGUGUGUGUAUGUGUCACUCACCAGGGAUGUCCACUCUAGUGGUGCUCUCUACGGGCAUGGGCAAGUCUCUGUGCUACCAGCUACCAGCCUACCUCUAUGCCCAGAGGUCCAACAGUAUCACUUUGGUGGUGUCACCACUGGUGUCUCUUAUGGACGAUCAGGUAACAUAUCUGUCCCGUAGUUAUACAAUAAAUUAUUGAUACGGACACUGUCUUGUGAAUGUCUCAAAAUAGGUAAUUGAAUGAAAUACUGACAGUAAAUGAUUUUGUCUCCUUAGCUAUCUGGACUCCCAUCCAAACUGAAAGCAGCUGCUAUUCAUUCCAAUAUGUCUAAAAAACAGAGGGAGGCAGCCGUCGAGAAGGUACUGAUAUCCUCUUACAAUCUGCUUAGUUAAACUAUGCUCUAUCUAGUCCUAAACAUCUGCUUCCUCUAUUUUUGCAUAACGUUUAUAUUUGUCAGACUUUAACUGAAUUAUAUAUAUAUAUAUACAGACGCUUUUUACCCAAACCGACUUAGUCAUGCUUGCUCUACCAUACCAACUGAGCCAUUGAUAAUGUUGAUCAUGUUGUUCCGGCAUUAGGGUUCAAUAUCUCUCAGUGAUAUGUAUUUUUGCUCAUUCAUAACCUGUCUGUGUGUGUCAUAUGUCUGUGUGAUGCUGUGAAACUGCUACUACAAUGGUAUCAGUCAUAUUUGCAUUGAUGGUGAUUUGCAUGAAACUACCAUUUUCUGAUUCUCAUUUUAUUGUAUAUGCUUUGUGUAUCUCUGUCUGUGUGUUACCGCCAGGUUAAGGCAGGUGAGGUCCAUGUCCUGCUCCUGUCCCCUGAGGCGUUGGUAGGUGGAGGUCACUCUGGCUCUGGCUGUCUGCCCCCAGCUGACCAGCUCCCCCCGGUGGCCUUUGCCUGUAUUGACGAGGCCCACUGUGUCUCAGAGUGGUCACACAACUUCAGGCCCUGCUACCUCCGCCUCUGCAAGGUGAGAUCUGGCCAUUGGACACCCAAUAAAUGAUAAACAGCAACUGUCAAGUAAGUGUCAGAUCAAAGAAGAGCAGAAGCUCUGUUCUUUCCACUUAGGUUCCAUGUCUGCAACUGCAAAUAAAACAUUGUAACUCAAUGUCAGGAAUUCCUAAAUCCAUUUGAAUUGUCUCUCAACCCACAAAACAAGCAAAACCAAAGAUAUUUUAUUAGAAGGAAAUGUUAUGCCAUCUCUUCUCUCAUAUAUAAAACCGUCAAUGGCCGCUUUGUCUAUAAAACAUUUGAAUAACUCAUUUAAAAUGAAAAAUAAUAACUCAAUGUUUUUUAAGUCCUUUCCUAAAUUAGGAGCCUGUCUCUUAUCAUUCUAGCUGUACAUGGCUCACACACAAACAGUAAAUGCCAUUCUUCCCCUCAGUGUUGAAGUGUCCUCUUAAUGUAUGUUCAGUCUCCUAGGUGUUGAGGGACCGUCCAGGUCAUCUGCACCCCGCAAGACUAUCUUAGCCUGCUGAGCUAAAGCCUAAGCAUUACUGUAGCUCAGGGAGCUAUUGCAAGUCUUCACCUCUGUUCCAUCUCCUAGGUGUUGAGGGACCGCCUAGGCGUGCGUUGCCUGCUGGGUCUGACUGCCACCGCCACCCUGUCCACAGCCCUGGACAUCGCUCAACACCUGGACAUUACUGACCAGGACGGUAUCGCUGUCCGCUCGGCCGCCGUGCCUCACAACCUGCAGCUGUCUGUCUCCAUGGACCGAGACAAGGACCAGGUAGGUUAGCAACGUACACACACACAUACAUAUGGUUGAGGUUAGGGGUGUGUCGAGAUGGCCAUACUCGUAUUCGUAAUCGACAGUUGAUAGUCGGAUCAGAUGCCUAAAUCGAUGUUGGCAAAAUACCUCCCUGCAUGUUCUCACUGCAAAAAAGCUGCAGAUUAGGAGCAGCGCGCAGAGGGGUGGGUGGGUGUGUGUCCUCAACUUGCAGCGGGCAGCCAAGUUAGCUGUUACUUAGUCAGAAUGCGCAUAAAAGUUUCAUAUUUUUUCCCUAACCUUGCCCCACUUGUUAGCUAUUGUUAGCUAUGAGAAAGAUGCUUGCUGGCACCCGAAAAUAACUUUUUUUCCAAUCAUGGAUAAUUACAAAAAAUACUUGGAUCAUAAUCGUAUCCAGAAAAUGUCCAAUAUCCGUUACGAUACUCAUUUUGUCCGACUACUCAGCACACCCUUAGUUGAGGUGUUUAGUGUAGUGAAACAUUCAGAAUGUUCAGAACAUAGAACUGUAAUAGAUAGAUCUGACACCAUUCACUAUUUUACAUCAUACAGUAUCUGUUCUACAAUACGUUUUUAUCUGCAACAUUAGAGUGUGUAUGCUGUGCAGACCAGGAUGCAAGUAGUAUGUGUUUUCUUUCAUGGAUGGAGUUUGCAAUUUGGCAUCGCUCAUCGGUUCCAUGGGCCAGGCAAGCAGAGCUAAAGUAUUUAAAAUAAAACAAAUAGAAUCAGGGCUCUACAGUUCGACCAUUUUAAUCACGCAAAGAACUACAUAGAGUCCUGUAUAUCCCACCUCGCACGCAGCAAUGUUGCCUGGGGCGCUUCGUGCACUGAGUUGAAAGAUUCAUUUUUAGAAGCGCACAGACAGAAAUUUGAUUUGACCCAAAAGUCUACUAAAGUGUGACUUUGCCCCUGUGUUUCUUGGUUAUUAACAUAGUUUUGUUCACAUGCUAGGUUGCUUUUCAAUGUUAGUUGGAGCUUGCUCAACUGCUAGUGAAGAGACAUAGGAGAAUCUCAUCUCUCACAGACGGUCAUGUCUUGAAAGGAUAUAUUUUCUAGUCAAAACCCUCACAGAUGGAUGCCGCGUUCAAAACAACUGGAAACUCGGAAAUCUCUGACUUGAUGACUCCAGUGCGUUCAAGACAACUGGUAACUCGAGCACCGACUGGGAAAAUCUUUUUGAAUGGUCAUCCAACUGGGAAUUCUAAGUUGGAAACUCGUGCAACUUUCUUGAGUGCUGACGUUCCUACCUAUAGAUCAUUGACAUCAUGAUUUGACCAUGAUUUUCCCGAGCUCCCAAUUGUCUUGAAAGCACCAAGACAUGCAAGUUCCCCAUUACCACGGUAACCUCCCGCCCUUAAAGGGGCAGCUGAAAAUGUGUCUCACCUGAGUGACUCAAAUAUUUGAGGAUACAUUGUGUCUUGAUUGAGCAUGGAACACUCCAAAAACCUUUUAUUCAUUCACAUUUUGUCCUUUCUUAUCAUAAAAACACUCUUCCUCAAAUACUUUCAUUGUGCUCCUAAAUUUCUUUGUGUGCUCUUACAUUUUUCAACUUUAAAAAAUGUAAAAAAUAAUGUCAGCGUAGAGCCCUGAGUAUUUGAACCCAGGUCUGAUGCUGCAUGUCCUUUCCCCUGUCCAGGCCCUGGUGUCUCUGCUGAAGGGAGAGAGGUUUGGGUCUCUGGAGUCCGUCAUCGUCUACUGCACCAGGAGAGACGAGACGACCCGUAUAUCUGCCCUGCUCAGGACCUGCCUCCAGGGGGUGCUAUUGAAGGAAUCUAACCGUACAGCCAGCCAGGAGGAAGACGACAACCCUGUAGGGAAGAAGAAGAAAGCUUUGGGUACCUAUCUAUUUGCGUUUGGCUUGAUGUCAAUAGGAGAUUAGGAGUUUUGAAGCACUUGUACUCUGAGAUGCUUUGUGAACACGGGCCCUGACCUCUCUCUGCUGUGUUCCCUCAGCCAGGAAGAAGAUCCGUAAGCCUCUGAAGUGGAUGGCUGAGUCCUACCACGCCGGCAUGUCGUCCUCUGAGCGCCGUCGCGUCCAGAACAACUUCAUGUGUGGAGAGCUGCGUGUUGUGGUCGCCACGGUAGCCUUCGGCAUGGGCCUGGACAAGUCGGACGUGCGCGGCAUCGUGCACUACAACAUGCCCAAGAGCUUCGAGAGCUACGUGCAGGAGAUCGGGAGGGCAGGGAGAGACUGGUUACCGGCCCACUGUCAUCUCUUCCUGGAUCCUGAGGUGAGGUUUCUAAAAGAUUGUUAUUUUUUGAUGUUGUUGGAUGUACACUAUUUGUUGGAUUUUUAAAUUUUAUUAAACAUCACUGUAAUCCUACAUUCUUGUCUGCUGUCGUUGUAGGGAGGGGACCUGCAUGAGUUGCGGAGGCACAUCUAUGCGGACACGGUGGACCACUACACUGUGAAGAAGCUGGUCCAGAAGGUGUUUCCUCCCUGCAAGUGCAGACAGAUCCACCAGAAACAGCAGGAUCUAGCCAGGGUAAUGUUGGCAUACUUAUGUAGUCUUUUCCCCCUUCUCUCCAUCUACACUCAUUGGGCAUGAACAGCCUAUGGCCAUUAUAUGAACCCCAAAUAAAGGGCCACUGCAGUCAAAAACCUGAUUUCCCUGUGUUUUAUAUAUAUUUCCACACUAUGAGGUUGGAAUAAUACUGUGAAAUUGUGAUAAUGAUGAUAAUGCCCUUUUAGUAUAAGAGCUGUUUGAAAAAAAACGCCAGACAUUUCUGCCUGUUUUGGUGGGAUGGAGUUUUGGCCAGCUUGGUGACAUCACCAGGCGGUAAAUUAGUUAAUAGACCAAUAAGAAAGAGAGUUCCAAACCUCUCUGCCAAUAACUAGUUUUCAGUUUUUCCCUCCCCACUCAGACCACUCCCAGAUAGUCCUAGCAAAUUGAUUUGUUGAGAAAUUGAAAUUGCAGUAAGGUACUUAAUUGUUACCCAGAAAUGAUUUGAUAUUAAAAUAAAAAGGGCUGCAUUGGACCUUUUUUUAAGAAAUUACAAAAAAACUUGAUUUAGAAUUCAUGUCAAAAAUGUUUAUUUUAACAAGUUUUAUUGCACCAUUGAAUUAAAUACAACACCUUCAUUGUAAUUGUAUUUCUUUCUGUGUAGGACAUACAGUGAGGGGAAAAAAGUAUUUGAUCCCCUGCUGAUUUUGUACGUUUGCCCACUGACAAAGAAAUUAUCAGUCUAUAACUUUAAUGGUAGGUUUAUUUGAACAGUGAGAGACAGAAUAACAACAAACAAAUCCAGAAAAAUGUCAAAAAUGUUAUAAAUUGAUUUGCAUUUUAAUGAGGGAAAUAAGUAUUUGACCCUUCUGCAAAACAUGACUUAGUACUUGGUGGCAAAACCAUUGUUGGCAAUCACAGAGGUCAGACAUUUCUUGUAGUUGGCCACCAGGUUUGCACACAUCUCAGGAGGGAUUUUGUCCCACUCCUCUUUGCAGAUCUUCUCCAAGUCAUUAAGGUUUCGAGCCUGACGUUUGGCAACUCGAACCUUCAGCUCCCUCCACAGAUUUUCUAUGGGAUUAAGGUCUGGAGACUGGCUAGGCCACUCCAGGACCUUAAUGUGCUUCUUCUUGAGCCACUCCUUUGUUGCCUUGGCCGUGUGUUAUGGGUCAUUGUCAUGCUGGAAUACCCAUCCACGACCCAUUUUCAAUGCCCUGGCUGAGGGAAGGAGGUUCUCCCCCAAGAUUUGACGGUACAUGGCCCCGUCCAUCGUCCCUUUGAUGCGGUGAAGUUGUCCUGUCCCCUUAGCAGAAAAACACCCCCAAAGCAUAAUGUUUGCACCUCCAUGUUUGACGGUGAGGAUGGUGUUCUUGGGGUCAUAGGCAGCAUUCCUCCUCCUCCAAACACGGCGAGUUGAGUUGAUGCCAAAGAGCUCCAUUUUGGUCUCAUCUGACCACAUCACUUUCACCCAGUUCUCCUCUGAAUCAUUCAGAUGUUCAUUGGCAAACUUCAGACGGGCAUGUAUAUGUGCUUUCUUGAGCAGGGGGACCUUGCGGGCGCUGCAGGAUUUCAGUCCUUCACGGCGUAGUGUGUUACCAAUUGUUUUCUUGGUGACUAUGGUCCCAGCUGCCUUGAGAUCAUUGACAAGAUCCUCCCGUGUAGUUCUGGGCUGAUUCCUCACCGUUCUAAUGAUCAUUGCAACUCCACGAGGUGAGAUCUUGCAUGGAGCCCAAGGCCGAGGGAGAUUGACAGUUAUUUUGUGUUUCUUCCAUUUGCGAAUAAUCGCACCAACUGUUGUCACCUUCUCACCAAGCUGCUUGGCGAUGGUCUUGUAGCCCAUUCCAGCCUUGUGUAGGUCUACAAUCUUGUCCCUGACAUCCUUGGAGAGCUCUUUGGUCUUGGCCAUGGUGGAGAGUUUGGAAUCUGAUUGAUUGAUUGCUUAUGUGGACAGGUGUCUUUUAUACAGGUAACAAGCUGAGAUUAGGAGCACUCCCUUUAAGAGUGUGCUCCUAAUCUCAGCUCGUUACCUGUAUAAAAGACACCUGGGAGCCAGAAAUCUUUCUGAUUGAGAGGGGGUCAAAUACUUAUUUCCCUAAUUAAAAUGCAAAUCAAUUUAUAACAUUUAUGACAUGCGUUUUUCUGGAUUUUUUGGUUGUUAUUCUGUCUCUCACUGAUCAAAUAAACCUACCAUUAAAAUUAUAGACUGAUCAUUUCUUUGUCAGUGGGCAAAUGUACAAAAUCAGCAGGGGAUCAAAUACUUUUUUCCCUCACUGUAAACCAAGCAUAUCUUUUUGAGGAGUUUUUCUCUCAUUUCUUUAAUGCUGUCUUAGGCUCAGGAGGAGGUUGACGACUCCGAGAUGAUGGAACUGAUGGACACCUGUGAUGAGACCUCUGCUGCAGCACCGGAACACACAAAGGAGACUAGUCAAAACACCCCUGUCGAGCAGUUGGAACAGGCCAAAGUCCAUACUGAGGACAAGGAUGUACCAACUCUUCAACCAUCGGAGGGGGAGCAGAAAGAACCACCAGAGUCGAGUGUCCCACUUCCCCAGAGAGGGGAUGGAGAACAGGAUGUGGAAGAGGAGGUGGUGCCAGGGGGAGGUGAUGAUUGGCCCACGACUAGGGUGUGUCACACCCAUGAGAGGACCAUCCCUAUACAGGACACUGUGGAAGCCCUGGACAUCACUGAGGAAGGUGAGUACCUCACUAUACCUAACACAGGACAGGUGAAAUAUCUUGUCUGUUUCAUUCAAUCAAACGGCCAAUUGUGUCAUUCAGAUAAUUGAUUCAAGGAUCAGAAAAUAGUAAAUACGAAAUAGAAGUCCCACUUUAAUUCUGCUUUUUCUGUCAAGACCAGUGAGUCUCCCCGCCUGCCCUUCACAGACACCAGAGUAACAAUAUAACUUGAAUCAUUCUAAGGCAAAGACUGUGUCCCCUCUGUGUGUCUGCCAGGUUUGGAGACUCUGCUGUGCUAUCUGGAGCUGCACCCUCAGCAGUGGGUAGAGCUGCUCCACCCCACCCUCUCCGUCUGUAAGAUGGUCUGUUACAACGGCCCUCAGCAGCUCCGCAAACUCACCAAGAUGUAGGACAACAUCAAACCACCCGGCUCAUGUUCAUUAGGGCACACCGUAUAAUAAAAAAUUAAAACUGUGUGCAUUUUGAGUUUGCAGAACCUCAAUAAGUACUGCAAAUUCACUCUGAACACCUGGCCAGUCUGUUACAGUAGACUGUUUACCUGUAAGAAACGAAGUCAUGUUUGAUAGGUUGUGUAUGUAGGUGUGUAUUAUUUGCUCAUGUGAUGUUUUUGUGGUCAAGUAAAGUCAGUGGUACAUUUGUCAUGUGAGCGGUUUGGUAUUUUUAUGUUCAGGCAAUAGAUUACUAAUGUUUACAAGGUGCUUAAACCGUUUUGCUGCAUAUAAGUAAUGUUUAUGGUGAGCGGUGGUAUCUGUGUGGUGAUGAUGGGUGUGUGCCGUCUGAUUGGCAGCUGCCCACCUGUUGCCGUGGUGUUGGCCCGGAAACGGAUGGCGGGGGAGCGAGUGGAGGCCUGUGAUUCGCUGGACUUUGACGUGGUGGAGGUGGCAGACACUAUGGGCUGGCAGCUGGGUCUGGUGAAGAGAGGCCUCAGACAACUACAGUGGGCCACAAACAGAGGUGUGUGUGUGUGUGUGUGUGUGUAUGAGUGUUUUUAUAGUUGAAAAAAUGCUAACUACAGUGGAGCAUAGUAAAGAAUGUGUGUCACACUUACUUGUGUGUGUGCACUGGUUAUUAAAACGUGUGUUAAUAAACCAUAGUGAGUCACAAAACAGAUGAAGUGUGUGUGUCUGUCUGAGUGAGUGUUACAUUUAGAUAAAAAUCCAUUCAAGAGAAGUAAUUAUACAUCUACUAUCUCCAUAUAUAUCCUGUCUUGGUAGAGUUGUCCAACCUGUCCUUCAUAUAUCUCCAUCUCUUCUCCAGGAGUCUUGGUGGAGUUCUCCAACCUGUCAUUCUAUUUCCGUUCCUACGGUGACUUGACCCCGGACGAGAUGGACCGGGUGUGUGAGUUCCUCCAUGACAGGGUGGUGGCCCAGGAGAGGACCAAGCUGUACCAGCUCAAAGCCUGCUUCAAGGCCUUCCGCAGGUCAGCGCUAACCUACAUUACACUACACCAGUAUUCAGAACUCUAACCAGCACUAGGCUACACAAAUAUAGCACCAAAUUGGACCAUAGAGGAAAAUCGAAAACGUAUUGAAGUGGGUCCUGGUUACCAGAGUUUCAUGGCCUGAUAGGCCUGUUAUUGGAGCUGUUAACCCAAUGGUGCUUGGAGUAUGUUUAAAGACAUUAUUGAUAUUUCUAAGACAUUUCUAGAUCAGUUCAUGCUACUGUGCAUCUUUCAGGUGACCUGUUUUUAUUAUUACUCUUUCUGCGUUGUUCUGUUUUGAUAAAGCCACACUAUAUGUCUCUGCAGCGUCGCAUACACGAGCUGCAGAUCCUGCACGGACCAGCUGGACGAGAGGCGAAGCCUGAAGCUGAAAGGGCUUCUGGGAGAUUACUUUGACAAGAGGAGAGACCUGGACCUGAGCAGGAAGUUCCAGGAGGAGAAGGAUGGAGAGGACGAGGUGUUGAUUAAAUGCAAGGUUCGUGUCUCCUAAGAUUCUGUGAUGGUUUUUACUGGGUGUAAGUCACACUAAUGCCUUGAUCUAAUACUAAACUUAACAAAGUACCCUUACAAUUGAAAAAUGUAUGGCACAUGAAAACCAAACGAGGGUGGUCUAUGGAGAUAGGUGGGAUGGGCUGAGAGUGGCUGAGGGGUGGGAUUAAAGAGCUUAUGUUCAGUAAUGUAUUAUUGUUAUGUGAUUGCUGUAUAUAAAAGUACCAUGUAUGCAAAAUGUGUAUGUAAAAUGUAUGUAUAUGCAGCAGAAAAGCUGUAAAAAACUAAAAAGAUAUGUGUCCUCCGAAGAGGGGUGGUGCAAGAUGGGUUAAUAAAUACAUAAAAUAACCCUUAUAAUGACCUAAUAGAGCUAAAUCUGGUAAGAACAGGACCUUCCCAUUUUAGAGUAACGAAGUGAGUUUAUAAUAUUUCAACACUUUAUAUUGUAUAUCCUCUACUUUAAAUGUGUUUAUUAUCUACUAUUUUAUUAUGUAUAAUUGUUCUGUUUUUACUGUAUCUAUACCACAGGAGGCUGCUGAGGGGAGGACAGCUCAAAAUAAUGGCUGGAACGGAGCGAAUGUAAUGGCAUCAAAAACAUGGAAACCAUGUGUUUUGAUUUACAGUGCAUUUGGAAAGUAUUCAGACCCCUUGACUUUUUCAACAUUUUGUUACAUUACAGACUUAUUCUAAAAUGGAUGAAAAAAGAAAUAUCCUCCUCAAUCUACACACAAUACCCCAUAAUGACAAAGUGAAAACAGGUUCUUUGAAAUUUGGGCAAAUGUAUAAAAAACUAAAACAUAAAUACCUUAUUUACAUAAGUAUUCAGACCUUUUGCUUUGAGACUCAAAAUUGAGCUCAGGUGCAUCCUGUUUCCAUUGAUCAUCCUUGAGAUGUUUCUACAACUUGAUUGGAGUCCACCUGUGGUAAAUUCAAUUGAUUUGACAGGAUUUGGAAAGGCACACACCUGUCUACAUAAGGUCCCACAGUUGACAGUGCAUGUCAGAGCAAAAACCAAGCCUUGAGGUCGAAGGAAUUGUCCGUAGAGCUCCAAGGCAGAAUUGUGUCGAGGCACAGAUCUGGGGAAGGGUACCAAAACAUGUCUGCAGCAUUGAAGGUCCCCAAGAACACAGUGGCCUCCAUCAUUCUUAAAUGGAUGAAAUUUGGAACCACCAAGACUCUUCCUAGAGCUGGCCGGCCGGCCAAACUGAGCAAUCGGGGGAGAAGGUCCUUGGUCAAGAUUCCCUGGUCUGAUGAAACCAAGAUUGAACUAUUUGGCCUGAAUGCCAAGCAUCACGUCUGGAGGAAAACCUGGCACCAUCCCUGUGGUGAAGCAUGGUGGUGGCAGCAUCAUGCUGUGGGGAUGUUUUUCAGCGGCAGGGACUGUUAGACUAGUCAGGAUCGAGGGAAAGAUUAAUGGAGCAAAGUACAGAGAGAUCCUUGAUGAAAAGCUGCUCCAGAGCGCUCAGGACCUCAGACUGGGGCGAUGGUUCACCUUCCAACAGGACAACAACCCUAAGCACACAGCCAAGACAACGCAGGAGUGGCUUCGGGACAAGUCUCUGAAUGUCCUUGAGUGGCCCAGCCAGAGCCCGGACUUGAACCCGAUCUAACAUCUCUGGAGAGACCUGAAAAUAGCUGUGCAGCGACGCUCCCCAUCCAACCUGACAGAGGUGGAGGGGAUCUGCAGAGAAGAAUGGGAUAAACUCCCCAAAUACAUUUACAUUUACAUUUUAGUCAUUUAGCAGACGCUCUUAUCCAGAGCGACUUACAGUUAGUGAGUGCAUACAUUUUCAUACUGGCCCCCCGUGGGAAUCGAACCCACAACCCUGGCGUUGCAAACGCCAUGCUCUACCAACUGAGCUACAGGUGUGCCAAGCUUGUAGUGUCAUACCCAAGAAGACUCAAGGCUGUAAUCGCUGCCAAAGGUGUUUCAACAAAUUACUGAGUAAAGAGUCUGAAUACUGUUUAAGUUUUUAUAUUUGUAAUACAUUUCUAAAAACCUGUUUUUGCUUUGUCAUUAUGGGGUAUUGUGUGUAGAUUGAUGAGGGGGAAAAAAACAAUUUAAUCAAUUUUAGAAUAAGGCUGUAAUGUUACAAAAUGUGGAAAAGGUAAAGGGGUCUGAAUACUUUCCGAAUGCACUGUAUUUGAUACCAUUCCACUCAUUCCGCUCCAGCCAUUACCACGAGCCUGUCCUCCCCAAUUAAGGUGCCACCAACCUCCUGUGAUCUAUACUGUAUGUAGAUUGCAUCAAUUAUUUGGUCUAAAUUCAGUCUGUAUAUUCUGUUUAUUUUUGUCCAAUUCAUUUCACCAGGAAAGUGUUGUGAUGGGUUUUGUUUAUUUUCAGAUGAAGGACUGGGAGGGUCAGAUCAGAACGGAUAUUCAGAGUUUCCUGGGCAACCACAGUGACGAGAAGUUCUCUGGCAGAGCUGUCGCUAGAAUAUUCCAUGGAAUUGGUGAGUUUUCCCAAUUUUAUUAUUCUCAAUAUGACUAGGGUCACAAAGGAGGGAAAAUGCUAAGUUCCCAUACAUUCAUUCCCGUGGAAGGUUUCCCACUUUGAAAACUCCUAGAACUACUUCUGGGUAUUGUAGGAUUUUGGCUCCUUGUCAUUAGGGGUGUGGCUUAUUUAGUGCCAUGUGUUUGAACUGUAUGGAUGCAGUAGUGCUGAUCAGUUUUAUGCAGUCGGUGAUUAUCGUUGAUCACCGCUGAUAAUCGACUUUCAAUGUGUUACAUUAUGGGGCAAAAAAUUGUCUGGCUUGCGGCUACAUGAUCUAAGGUCAUGCGGUUUUUGAUGCAGUUGACUGCAAGUCUCUGCACCAAUUGCACCCUGCAACCAUUGUAUGCAUUGUGGGAGGCACUAUUGUCAACCAGUCAUUCAUGUUUUUGCUUGACCCACACAAACUUGACCAAAACAUGACUGAAACAGAAACCAACUUUUUGGCGGAGAUUCAUAGUUACAAUAGUAUAAGCUUAAGAGUAUAUAAUGUGAUCUGUGAGAUCUCUCUCUAACCAAUUAAUAGUACACAAAUAUGUUUUCAGUUUGACUGUGUGAUACGGAGGUAGAGAGAAGUUUUAGAAAAAUGUAUGAACAAUUGCAGCUAUGUUGACACUGCCAAGUUAAAAUAAGCCUUGCUUUUGGAAGACCACUACAGUGUCCAACGUUUGGUUGUCGCAGAUGCACCUCCACUCGACUGCAAUCGUGGACAUUGGUCUGCUCUCGUCUGUUUUAGUAAUUUAACUGGAACACCCUCUACAUUUUUGUUUCCAGGAAGUCCAUGUUACCCAGCUCAGACCUUCGGCAGGGACCGGCGAUACUGGAGAAAAUACAUCCAGUUUGAUUUCAAUGAAAUAAUCCGCUUUGCUAUUCAGGAGAUCGUUCGAUUC